AACUGAGAAAGUGCUCUCAAAAACUGAGAAAGUUGGAUUUCUCUAUCUCGUUCUCUCCCUAUUCUUUAUUCCUCCUAAUGUCUUUUGAGUCUUCAGGCAUGUGUUGAUUAUUCAAUUAUUUGGAAAUUUAGAAUUAUCUUUUUCCCACAAUUAGUGAGAAAGCACUUACGGGUUUUAGUUUCCAUUAUCUCAGUCUAGAAUUUUAAUCUUUUUCCUUUUUUAGUGCACUUUUACCCAAUUUGUUCAUGUCCGCACAUCCUCACAAUCAUAGACCUUGAAAUUAGGCGAACAUGAAAUAUAUGUAUAAUGCUUCUGUCUAACUUUAAGUUGUCUCAUGUUCUUAUCUAAGAUAUCUUUGAGACUAACACCUCAAUGGGGUGUCUGUUUCGCAUAAUAGUGCUCAACUGCAUUUUUUUUGUUUCUGCUGUCAGUAUAUUUCAGAAUUCUGAUUUUCCUGGUAUUUUGAAGAGGUAAAACCAUAGAAACCUAUCAAAAAUCAGCAACAGUUUUCUCCCAAAUAACUUAUGUGAGUAAUGUAGGAUAAAUUUUAAUAACUGUCUCUGAACUUAUAUGGUUGUAAUAUUACAGUCCUUUAAUUUUAAAAUGUAACAUAAAAUCCCCUAAACUUUCAAAUUUUAUACAGGAAAAUCCCUUUGACUUUCAAUUAUUGAUUUUUCAGUUAAAAACUUAUGAGAAUAGCUCUCACAUGGUGUUUUGUCAACAAUUCUCUCUCCUCUCUUAUGUAAAGUGUAAAAUUAUUCUCUCUACAUGUGAAAAAUUAUUCUAUCUGUAGAGAAGAGAAUGAUUUAAUUUACACAUUGAUGGAGAGAAAAAAAAAAAAGAAAUACUGACUAAGCUUCAUGCUGGAACUGUCCAAGUCAGCGUCUAACUGAAAAAUCAGUAAUUAGAGUUAGAGGGAUUUUACUGUGCAAAAUGUGAAAGUUGGUAGAGUUUUAUGUUACAUUUUUAAAUUGAGGAACUGUAAUGUUACAACUAGAUAAGUUCAUGGACGGUUGUUAAAAUUUAUCCGAGUAAUGUAUCAGCUUCUUCAAUUGGUUAAAUUAUGAAACUAGGAUCUCUUUCCUAUUGCAUUACAGGUAUGAAUUGUUUGUCAUGCUUGCAAGUUGGUAGUAUCACUCUAGCUUCUCUCUUUCAUUUCACUAUGUGUUGUAAGACAUUUUCCUUUUAAUUUUACUUGUUUUUGUUGUGUUAAUUAUUUCAGUGAUUAUUAUAUUGAUCCUCAAAAGUUGGUGGCUAAGAGUGGAAUUGGUAAUAGUUUAAUGGGGAUGUUUUAAUAAUUUCUUUAGCUUUAUAUCUCACAUUUGGCUUUUUAGGUGAGGCUUUCUGUCUGAUAGCAUUUGCAGCAGUAGAGUGGUAGAUUGUGGCUUUCUCCUUGAUUUGACUACGGGACAUAAUUAAAGUUUGAAGGGAUAUUGUUAUGGGUCAUAGACAUUUAUUCAGCACAUCCCAAAUUUUCGAGAAUGAACAGGAUCAGAAUUGGAAUCAUAUGCAUAUAGAGCAACCUUAUACAAAUUUGGCCAGGGCCAGUCCUGCAGAGAAUGGUGCUUUCUUUUAUCCUGCAGAAAAUAUGCCUCUUGAAGGAGUGCAUUUUACUUCUCUACGGAACCCUGCACCAAUGUCAAAUGCAUAUAUUUCCUCAAGUAACAGUGUUGAAGUAUCACAUUAUCAACCAGAUGUUUCGGGCCCUUCUCAUGAUCCUUUUCAGCAUUCAUCAACAGAUGGAUCCUUUUGCACAGUUCCAGAAAAUCAUGCACACCAUGCUUCUUCUUCCAAUUAUGACAGACAGACAUUUAAUGGUGUUGAGGGUGGCCUUGUUGAUCUUACAAUGGGAAAUGGAAGAGGGCCCCACAAGCGAAAAAGCCCUGUAGUCCCUUCUGCAUGUGAAGGGGGCAGUACAAGCAGAUAUUAUGGUGCUGGAAGUUCAUCAGAUACCCCUCUGUCUUGUGAGUUGCGGCAGGAGAAACCAAAUUUAGAUACUCAAUAUAUGGCCUGGGAAUGCAUUAAUAUGACUCCUGGCCAUCGAGGCAAUCUCUCAAUUAGGCCCGAGGAUUCUAUGAGGAAUGUGAGAAGCAGGCCUGCACUUGAUCUGGAAACCAACCUGGCUAGGACCCAUUUAUCUAGCAACUCUUCCCACAAUUCCUAUCCUGCAGGCCACCCAUUUGACCAUUCUAGCUCACUGGAUUUCUCAGGUCAAAGUUCUAGUGCUAUGACACAUGACUGGAGCCAUACUGGAGUUUCUGUUGCUUCUGGAAGGAUGCUAGUUGCAGAUGUUAACGGUUAUAGUCAUGAGACAAACCAUUUCCUUGUUGGAAGCAGCAUAACUAAUGCUUCAGCAGAUGUUAGGGGAUAUCAUCAUGAUUUCAUUUCAAGUAGAAACCCUGUUGCUCCUCAGAGUUUCCAUAGUGCCUCAGCACAUUCUGUAAGAGGCAUUCGCAGCAGCUAUUCUCAGAGACCUAGCCCAACUUUCAGGGCUUCCACCAGCAGUUUGCGCUUGGGGCAUUUGGCACCUUCUGAUGAUGGAAUGCCAUUGGUUGCCGAAAAUUUAUCUUCCAGACAACCAAGGCUAUUAUCCACUGUAGCUUGGCGUAAUAGUGAUAGGAAUGGGAGAUCAAGGAAUUCUUAUGAGAGAUACCAUGAGCCAAGUCUUCAUGAUCGAUUUUCAUCUGAGGGUUUUAUGGUUGUGGACCGCUCAGCCUUUUAUGGAUCCAGAAAUAUGUUUGAUCAGCAUAGGGAUAUGAGGCUAGACAUAGACAACAUGAGCUAUGAGGAACUACUUGCACUGGGUGAAAGGAUUGGGAGUGUCAGCACAGGGUUGGCUGAAGGUCUGAUAUCCAAGUGUUUGACAGAAACAGUAUAUUGUUCUUCAGGCCAAAGCCAGGAUGAAGGAACUUGUGUGAUUUGCCUGGAAGAGUACAAAGACAUGGAUGAUGUUGGUUCGUUGAAAAUUUGUGGGCAUGAUUACCAUGUGAGCUGCAUCAAGAAAUGGCUAUCAAUGAAAAACUUGUGUCCAAUCUGCAAAGCUUCUGCUGUGGCUGAUAACAUGAAGGAAUAAGUUAAUUACCUUGUCAACCAUUUAUAAUUUUUUUUAGAGGAAACUGUUUAUCAUUGUUGUAUAUAGUACUUGCUCAAAAGAAGAAAAAGAUGAACUGAUAUUUCUAGGGAAUAUGUAAAUGAAUACUGGUCAAUGUCAAUCAAUUUGUUGGGAGGUUCCCAUCUCAAAUUUGUGGAGCCUGAAUUGCCAUUUGAA